UUUGAUUUUUCUACUCAUAAAUCAUCUUAUCUCUCCCUUUCGUUAUCCGUUGCACUUACUAUCGUUUGUCAAUUAUAAUUUAGAACACAAAAAUGGCAGCGGCCGCUUCUCUUUUGGUCGCCGGUGGCACCGGUGCUGCGACUCAUUUCUCCGGUGAAUUCCAGCAACUGGGUCGUUUUGGGGUCAGGCUCAGGAAGCAAUCUGUCAACGGCUCUAAGUUGGCACGUGGCAAUUGGUGCCAAAUUCGCAGUAGAAGAAAUAAUUUGAAAUUAAAGCCCAGUUUUGCAAUUAAAAACAACUCGAAUGUGGAAAAUACGGAUGAAAUGUUUGAUGAUUUGCUGAAUAAAUAUGGGAAGGUGGUUUUUAAGAGAAAUGACCAAAAGCCCCUUACUGCAGAGGUUGAUGAUGAUGCUGAAAGCUUGUCAUUUGCUGUGGCGCUGGCCAAGGUUGCAAGUGAUGUUAAAGCUGCGGAUUUAAAAGUCCUCUUUGUAAAGCCACUUGUAUAUUGGACUCAGUAUUUUAUCAUUGCAACAGCCUUUUCGCGCCCUCAAAUAGAUGCAAUUGCGUCAAGAGUAAGAGAUCUUGCUGAGAAGCAGUAUGGGAAGGUUCCAUCAGGGGACACAAAACCUAACUCGUGGACCCUCUUGGAUUUCGGUGAUGUUGUAGUCCACAUUUUUCUUCCUCCGCAAAGAACGUUUUACAACUUGGAAGACUUUUAUGGCAAUGCUACCGCCAUUGAACUCCCGUUUGAGAACCAACCUCCACCGCAGUUAAGAUAGACUUUCGUGUGUUAGAACCUAAACCUAGAAGCAGGUGAAGAAAUUUUAACACUGGGAGUUUGAAUUUGCCUGAAAUUUCUCUAGAGGCCUGCAGGCUGCAGAUACUAUUGAGUAGAGUUGAUGGUUGCCAGGAAAUGUUCGCUCAUUUGUGAAGCAUGAUGGACACCAGGUUCAACAUAUGUCGGUCCUAUAGCGAUAGCAAGGCCCUACGUGGGUACAAAGUAUAAUCGAGGAUUGUCACAUGUAAUAUUUCAUCUUAUUGUAAUGAUAAAGCUUGAACAUGUUGCUCUGUAAUUCUUUCUGCAGGUUCAAGUGAAUCAAAAGCUUUUUCUGCUGUUCA